AUGAGGCUGUGGCAGUGGGCGUUGGCAUGGAUGUGGCUGACUGGGCUGUGGGCAGUAGAAACAGCGCCCAGCCCAAAGAGCACCAAGGCUUUAGCCCCAGGCAUGGAGUCUCCCGUCUUCAUAGACAGACCUGACUUCUUUGAUUAUCCAGACUCGGACCAAGCCAGACUCCUGGCUGUGGCCCAAUUCAUUGGAGAGAGACCCGUCAUCUUCACUCGCUCAGGUUCCGACUUGGGGCUCUUCCAUCGCAUUCUGGUGGGUGCUCUGGUGGUGGCCUUUUUCUUCCUCCUCUUCCAGUUCUGCACCCAUGUGAGCUUCCAGAAAGGGGCCUGA